AUGUGCGACCACGACCCCCGCCCGGACGCCACGCACGCCAUCUGUGAGCACGAGGCGGCGGCAGCGAAGGAGGCGGCCGACCCUUGGCAGAGUUUCUAUGGCGAUUCUCUCUUCCUGAAGCGAGAUUGGGAUCUGGAGGACUGGCGAAGCUACUAUGAUAAGAUGCCUGGUUGGGACGGCUGCGACGGAUCGGGAUGGGGCGUCACUCAGUUCGCCGAGGAGGUGUUUUGGAAGAGCGAGGCCAGGGCGUUUUUCCCUCUCUGCGGCAGGGCGGAGGACAUGAAGUGGGCCUACGACCGCGGCCACACCGUCGUCGGGCUGGACGGAGCGGAGAAGCCCGUCAGACACUUCUUCGAGAAGCACCAAGACCUCCAGCAUACCGUGGAGGAGCUCGAGUACGGAAAGCUGUAUAAGAGCAAGGACCGACGCCUGCAGGUCUUCGUGUGUGACAUCAGGGACAUCGCCCUCGUGGUCCUCGGGAAAUUCGACGUCGUGGUGGACUGCGGGGCCUAUGCGUUCAUCCACCCACGAGACAGGGCCAGGUAUGUGGAGACAGUGACGUCAACGCUGCAAAAGGACUACCGAUAUUUCCUCGAAGUCUGCCACGAUGCGCCGCCGUCAGCCACGGGCCAACCCCAGUCGAUCCCGUUCCGCGAAGUGAAAAGGGAUUUUGGUCCUUCGAGGAAACUGAAAUUCUUAAGUACCGAAGAUAUUAGUGAAGAAUGGGCGGUCGACACCUUCUUCCAGACUUACCUCAUUAUGGAACCGAAAAAAUAAUUGAGUCAACUUCCUAAAAUGUCAACUAGGCAUACUUAAAGGGAACAAAAAGUACAUGGAAUUCCUUAUGUCGCAAAUCUCACUUCAUUGCCUUAAAGGUUUAUAUGCUUGCUUAGUAGUUUCCAUGCUACAAAUAAUUCAUCAGAAGAUAUUUAUUGUGAAAAAAAAAUUAAACAAGAAGUAAAUAAAUAUGAAAAAGGUUUUGUGGGGAGAAUUCCAUAGAUGUAUUUAUGUAUUGAAAUAACAUGAUCUACACAAUGGA